CAUCUGUCAUAUUGACAAUUCGAUUUUUCACAUUUUGAAAAUAGAGGUGCAAUUUGUUAACGGGAAUCGUAGCGGGUAGAUACCUAUGGCGACCCGAGAAGACCAAAUAAAAGACCUAAAGGAGAAAAACAAUGAAUUGGUGCAAAAAGUGCAGUAUUGGAAGAUGACGGCGGCGCAGCGCGAGGACGAGAAACUCGCGCUGAUGAAAGAAGUCAAUGAAUUAAGGCUUAAACUUAGCCGGCUCAGAAGCACUGGUGGCGUCCAGGCGCGUCAGUUCGACUCAGCCAUACAGGCGACGAGCGAACGUGCGCUCGCGCAUCUCGUCCAAGCGUCUGGGGAGAUCGCGCACACCAUAGAACUGGCCAAGACGUACAUGAGGGACAGGCAAGAACUAGACGCAGCAUCACCACGAUGGAGCGCUAUAGGUGGAACACCAACGGAGAAGACUGACAAGAUCCACAGAGUGCCACCGAUGAUGAUAGGAGGACAGAGCAUACAACCGGUGGUUGCUUUAAGUAGGACCUUAUUUAAUACAAGCAAUACACAGCCAGCUUCAAGGAGUCCCAAUCGUAGCUUGACAGGGAGAGCGGUGCCCAUGCAUAUGUUACAAGAUGUGUAUAUACCACUGACAAGGAUAGACGCUGGCAAUAGACCAGCCGAUAAUGCGGAAGCGGAAACGGACGCGCAGGACGCGGACAAUAGCACUGAGGAGGUUGGAUUGGACGACAGCGUUGAGAGAAUGGACGACUCUCAGGAGGCGUCGGAAAGCGAAGACUUUGAUGCGUCUCGCAGGCUAGAUGCGGUGACUGAAGAUAUAGAGCCAGAAGAUGAAGUACAAACACCACAAACAAGGAAUAAAGUAGACAAUCCAUUGGAGGGUCCCAGUUGGUUGUUGGAUACACCGAGCAAGCCCAGGACCGGCAAUCUGGAGCCGGACUCCACGACCGAAGUAGACGAGGCGACGUGCGUGUCGCCGCCCAACAGUGAUCAGACUGAAGAUGAUGCGGCGAGGCUGGCGUGGCGGCGCCGGUGUUCACGCCGACGGUGCGGCGCCGCAAGCGCACGCGCUCGCCCCGCGCGCACCCCGCCGCGCUCGCCCCGCGCCGCGCGCGCGCGCACGCACUCGCCCUUCACCCCCGUCACACUCGCGCAGCGGAGGAACAGUAACAACGGUCGCGUGCUGAAGGUGCUAGUGGCGAAGAUGCGCCUGAGCAGCGGGUCGGAGGACGCGCUGACGUCGCCGCCGCCCGCACUCGCGCGCCUCGACGCGCCGAGCCCCAACGGCGCCACCGACGCCGCGCUGCUCGUGUCUGACGCCAAUAAUGACGACACAAUGAGCCCAAUGGAAGUCUGCGCUCGAGAGCCAAUCGCACAGAGCAGUCGACGCGACAGCCGACAUGAUCGCACCGAAAGACACACCAAAGACGCCAAGCGGUCUGACCAUGCAGCACCCGAGCCUCACGACAAAUCGGACCACCACGAUAGAUCAGACCGACACGAUAAAUCGGAACACGACAGAACCGACCGACACGAUAGGUCGGAGGUGAAUCGGAGCGAUCGGUUCGUGAGUAUGGAGCGAGGGUCGCGCGCCGGCAGCGAGGCCAGCGUGCUCAGCAGCGACGGGCGCGACAGCGACAGCGACCCCGCGCGGGAGGGACGCACGCGCCGGACACGGAAACCUAUCACCUACAAGGAGAAACCGCUUAACAGAAAACUGAGGAGAUGAUUCAAA